GCCACACAUGCGCUGUGAUUUCGGUGACCGCCCCCCUUAUUUUUGUCUAUCAACUCGCUCUUAUAUUUAGGAAAUAAUUAAAAUCAAGAAGAAGAGGAUAAGAUUCACUAUUCUAUAAUCUACUAUACCCACCCAACCCUCCAUUAUUGUUCCAAACAAACUCCAAACUUUCUUGAUUCGUAUAUCUCGUUACUUCUGUCUCUUUCUGUCAACAAUCCUACCAAUCUCAAUCAUUGUAUUCUUUAUCUCGUUACUUCUGCACAAGAAUUCAUAUUUGAUUCAAAGGGUCUUAAUUAUGGGUCCUCACAUUAACUUAUGAUGAUGGCACGAACAUAAAUACCCUCUUUUAACUUCUAUUCUAACGGACUGAAUAUCUUUUAUUACGAACCACCACAAGUUGCUAAACAAUAAGGAUGAUAACAGAGAAGCAAGAUUCUGAGUUUCUUGCUCCUCUAUUACCUGUGGAACAGAAUGAUGAAAGGUCACGGGGAGGAUCAAUAUCUGGUGCAAUAUUUAAUAUUUCAACGGGAAUGGUUGGUGCUGGGAUUAUGUCAAUACCUGCUACUUUCAAGGUUCUUGGUGUAAUUCCUAGUUUUUUUGUUAUCUUACUGGUUGGUUACUUUGUUGAGGUUACGGUGGAUUUCCUAUUGAAGUAUACACAUUCAGGCGAGUCGGAUUCUUAUGGUGGUUUAAUGGCUGAGUCUUUUGGCAAGUUUGGUUCUGUUGCUCUUCAGAUUUGUGUUAUGAUUACUAAUCUUGGUGCCUUGAUUAUUUACUUGAUUAUUAUUGGGGAUGUCCUGUCAGGAAAUAAUUCUGAUGGAACAGUGCACUUGGGUACUCUACAGGAAUGGUUUGGCAUCCACUGGUGGACCUCACGGGCAUUUUCUGUUCUCGUUGUGGUGUUUUUUGUCAUGCUUCCAUUGCUCUGUUUUAAGCGCAUAGAUUCACUGAGACAUGCAUCGGCAAUAUCAAUCCUCCUAGCUGUGCUGUUCGUUGUCAUAUGCUCUAUGAUGGCAAUACAUGCAAUGUGGGAGGGGAAAACACAAAAGUUACGACUCGUACCAGAUUUCUCUCAUGGAGCUUCCUUUUCUGAUCUGUUCACAACCAUUCCAGUCUUUGCUACUGCCUUCGGAUGUCAUGUUAAUGUUCAUCCGGUUAGAGCAGAGAUGGGAAGGCCAUCUGAGAUGACAUCCGCUGUUCGCAUUUCUUUGAUAUUAUGUGUUGCCAUUUACUUUACUGUGGGAUUCUUUGGGUACCUGUUGUUUGGGGACUCGAUCAUGGCGGACAUGCUGGUCAACUUUGAUCAAGCCUCCGACUCUUUAAUUGGUACAGUACUUAACGAUACUGUUCGAUUGAGUUAUGCCAUUCAUCUGAUGCUGGUAUUUCCAGUGAUGAAUUAUUCUCUGAGGGUUAAUGUGGAUGAACUAUUCUUUCCUAAGAGACCUCUAUUGGCCACGGAAUCGUUGCGAUUCUUUUCCCUUACCUGUAUUUUACUUGCAUUCAUUUAUGGAGGUGCUGUAGCCUUUCCAAAUAUUUGGUACUUCUUUCAGUUCAUGGGAACGACAACCGUCAUGUGCCUCAUGUUCAUAUUUCCUAGCUCAAUAGUUCUUAGGGAUGCUCACAACAUAUCUACAACUCGGGACAAGAUGUUGGCUGUACUGGUGAUCAUCUUUGCCAGUGGGACUAGUUCAGUUGCUAUAUACUCUAAUAUUGCUACAUAUAUUGCCAACAAAUGACCAACUUUGCUGGGUGAAACACUCUCAAAAUUAGUUGAUUGAUGCUGGAAGCACACAAGUGCUGUGUUUUAAUUCGUUUCCCCCCUCCUUUCCUCCUUCCAUUUGUUUUUCCUGUUUAGAUUAAUGCAUACAGGUAGGUUACUUGUGCCAGAAGCAUUUAAAGUGGAUAUUGGGAUUCUUUCAAAUGUCAAAAAGAUCAUCUAGAUGAA